GCGGCCGAGUCGGAGUGUGAAAGCGAGGAUGGCAUCGAAGGAGAUGCCGUGCUCUCCGACUAUGAAAGCGCCGAGGACUCGGAGGCAGAGGAAGAGGAUUACAGCGAGGAAGAAAGCUCCAAGGUGGAGCUGAAGCAGGACAGCAACGAUUCCUGCGAGUCGGCAGCCAGAGGGGAGAAGGGGAGUGAGAAGGCGGAUCCCAAGGGAGCGGUGACGGGCGAGCGGCAGAGCGGGGACGGGCAGGAGAGCACGGAGCCUGUGGAGAAGAAAGUUGGGAAGAAGGUUCCCAAGCACCUGGACGACGAUGAGGAUCGGAAGAACCCGGCGUACAUCCCGCGCAAGGGGCUCUUCUUUGAGCACGACCUCCGAGGGCAGACGCAGGAGGAGGAGGUCAGGCCAAAGGGUCGUCAGCGGAAGCUGUGGAAGGACGAGGGGCGCUGGGAACACGACAAGUUCCGUGAGGAUGAGCAGGCCCCCAAGACCAGGCAGGAGCUGAUCGCGCUGUAUGGAUAUGACAUCCGCUCAGCCCACAACCCCGACGAGAUCAAACCCCGCAGGAUGCGCAAACCUCGGUUUGGCAGUCCCCCUCAGCGAGACCCCAACUGGUCCAACGAGAGGCCCCCCAAGCCCCCCAGGCACCAGGGUGCCAAGAGCCCCUCAGCUCCUCCACGGUCCUUCAACAACCGCAGCUCUGCCAGCACUGGCAGGAUGCCCCCUGCCAGAAACUACCCCAGGAUGGGGGGCUACAAGGAGACCCGUCCAGGCUACCGGGCUUCGGAGGCGACCGUCCCACACCGGAACGGGGAACAAGCCAAGCAGGAGAGCGGCUACCGCGGGAAACGUGCAGAGCAGAGCCCGUCAAGGGACACGUCCCCUGAGUUGGAGAUGGCACAUGUCCACGGCAGCCCUGGGAAGGAGGAGGGGGCUCUGGAAAACCAAGCCACGGCUGCUGACGCUGCACAGCCGCCACCAGACAGACCAGUCGAGAAGAAAUCUUAUUCCCGGGCAAGAAGGACCAGAGUCAAGGCUGGGGAGGCGGGGAAGCUGGCGGAGGAAGUGCCUGCUUCCGAGGGGCUGGCUCCCGCGAUUCCGAAACCCACGCCGGCCGAGACCUCCCCCCCGCCAGCCAAGAGCAACUGGGAGUCAUCAGUGGAAUCCAGCGUGGAUGGACUUGAGCAGGAGAUGACCCAGAUGAACCUGACAGAGCAGAACUGGAGCCCGGGGCAGUCCCAGUUCAUCCCGCCCCGGGAGAUGAGGGGUAUUCCCAACCAUGUGCACGUGGGAACUGGGCCACCACCGCAGUUUAACCGGAUGGAGGAGAUGGCAGUGCCGGGGGGCCGUGUGAAGCGCUACUCAUCGCAGCGGCAGAGACCCCCCGUGCCUGAGCCUGCGCCCCCCAUGCACAUCAGCAUCGUGGAAGGGCACUACUACGACCCAUUACAAUUCCAGGGACCAAUCUACACCCACGGUGAGAACCCAGCCCCGCUGCCGCCCCAAGGGAUGAUUGUGCAGCCGGAGAUGCACCUCCCUCAUCCAGGUUUACACGCCCACCAGACGCCCCCUGCCAUGGCAAACCCCGGCCUCUACCCCCCACCAGUGUCCAUGCCCCCGGGCCAGCCCCCGCCGCAGCAGCUGCUCACUCCGACUUACUUCUCCGCCCCUGGAGUGAUGAAUUUCGGGAAUCCUGGCUACCCCUACCCCCCUGGAGCUCUGCCCCCUCCGCCCCCUCCUCAUCUCUAUUCCAACACGCAGGCGCAGUCCCAGGUGUAUGGGGGGGUCACCUACUACAACACUGUCCAGCAGCAGGUGCAGCCCAAGCCCUCCCCGCCCCGCCGGACGUCCCAGCCUGUGACCAUCAAGCCACCCCCUCCAGAGGACAGCAAAGGUGAAAAAUCAAAGGAGAGGAGCAACACGUAGGGACACGGCCACAGGAAUCCCAGCACCAGACUCGGCCCCUCGGCGAGGAGGAAGCUGCUCCUUGGAACGGCUCCUUCCCUGCGCGGAGGUGAGGCAGCGGGAUGAGACACCUGCACUGUGCCCAGGACCAGGCACUUCCCCCGUGGCCCGAGCGGUGCCUUCCCAAAAUCCAUCUCGCUGCUGCCCACCCCCCUUCUCCCCCGCGCUGGGGCCGCCAAAGAACCAACCCCUGAGUCGGUCCUUGGCCACACGUUCUCCCAACUUCUCCCCGUUACUAAACGUUCCCCGCUCCCUCCUGGGAUGUCAAACUCUGCUGGCUUGAUUGUGGUCUCUGUUUUUAUUUAAGGAAUGAAGCAGCUCGUUCAGUAAAGCUGAUUUGUUUCUUUUGGGUA